AUAGGCAAAACUGAAACGGGAAGCUCACAUCGAAAAGUGAACCUUGUUCGUUACAAAAUGUCCCAGUUCCAUCGCUACUGGAUGUUCUUUAACUCUGAGACUGUAAACAGAAAAAUUGCAACCAGCUGAAAAACAGUAAAGCAUUAAAGCUGUAAAAAAGAAAUGGCAGAAUCCUCAUCACAGCUACCACCUGAGAAAAAGAGGCGUAUGACUAGCCAAGCUGAGUUCACACAUGACUCCAGCUGCAUCCUGUCUGAGGAGCAGUUCAUGUGUUCUGUCUGUCUGGAUGUGUUAACUGAUCCAGUCUCCACUCCAUGUGGACACAACUUCUGCAGGACCUGCCUUACACAUUACUGGGACAAUACUCCACGAUGUCUGUGUCCAUUAUGUAAAGAGACGUUCACCAGGAGACCUGAACUCAAGAUUAACACAACACUGAGAGAGGUAGUGGAUCACUUCAAGAAGAAAAGCAGUCUUGAUAAGCCUGAUGUUCUUUGUGAUGCCUGCACUGGAGUGAAGUUCAUGGCUGUAAAAUCCUGUCUGGACUGUGCUGUAACAUUUUGUAAAUCUCAUUUAGAGCCUCAUAAUAAUGUUCCUAAACUUAAGAAACACAAGCUAAUAAACCCUGUGAACAACCUGGAGGACUACAUAUGCCAGAAGCAUGAGAGACCCCUGGAGCUGUUCUGUAGAGAGGACAAGAUGUGUGUGUGUCAGUUCUGCACUGAGACAGAUCACAAGACACAUAACACUGUUCCUAUAGAGGACGAGAGUAGAGAGAAAAAGACACAGCUGGGGAAGACACAGUCAGAGGUGCAGAAGAUGAUCCAGGACAGACUGAAGAAGAUCAAAGAGAUCAAACACUCACUAGAGCUUGGAAAAAAAAGCACAGAGAAAGAGAUUGCAGACAGUAUUGAGGUCUUCACUGCUCUGAUACGCGCCAUUGAGAGAAGCCAGGCUGAGCUGCUUCAGGUGAUGGAGGAGAAGCAGAAAGCAGCAGAGAGGCGGGCUGAAGGACUCAUUAAAGAUCUGGAGCAGGAAAUCACUGAUCUAAAGAGGAGAGACACUGAGCUGGAGCAGCUCUCCCACACUGAGGACCACCUCCACCUCCUACAGAUGUACCCAGCCCUGAGCAGCCCUCCACACACCAAGAACUGGACUGACAUCAGUACUGACACUGAUUUGAGUAUAAAAACUGCAAGUACAGUUCUGUCUCAGCUUCAGAAGAAUCUGAAUAAGAAACUUAAUCUAACGAUAAAUAUAAAGUUCGGAGAAGCAGUCUGCACAGAAUUGAAGAGGAGUCAACAGUAUUCAGUGGAUGUGACUCUGGAUCCUGAUACAGCUCAUCCCAGACUCAUCCUGUGUAAUGAUGGAAAACAAGUGUCAUAUGGAGAUGGAAUACAGAAUUUGCCUGACUACCCAAAAAGGUUUGAUAGGUAUCCUGUUGUCCUGGGAACGGAGGGGUUCUCUUCAGGGAAAUUUUACUAUGAGGUGCAGGUCAAAGGGAAGACAUAUUGGGAUGUAGGAGUGGCCAGAGAGUCCAUUAACAGGAAGGGGCAGUAUACACUGAGCCCUCAAAAUGGAUGCUGGAUUGUGUGCCUGAGGAAGGGCAAUGAGUACAAGGCUUGCGCUGGACCCACUGUCAUACUAUUCUUGAAGGAGAAGCCCCAGACGGUGGGAGUGUUUGUGGAUUAUGAGGAGGGUCUGGUCUCCUUUUAUGAUGUGGAGGCCAGGUCUCAUAUCUACUCUUUCACUGGUCAGUCUUUCGCUGAGAAAAUCUACCCAUACUUCAGUCCUUUUACUUCUGUGAAGGGUACAAACUCGGCUCCACUGAUCAUCUCUCGUAUAUUUAAGACUUAAUAAAUCUUUACCCACUUCAGUCAUCUCAUGCAACUAUGGGAACAGGAAAAAAUAUUUUCUGUAAAACCAAUGGCAUAAGCAUGCCAACAGAGUAAUAUAAUCUCAAAUUUUAUUCUGUUUUCAAACAAAUGCUUACAUUUUUAAUCACUUCAAUCAUCUAUAAAACUACAAGAACAUAAAAAUAACAUUUUUUGUUUUACCAAUGGUGAAAGAAUAUCAGCAGAGUAAUUUGAAUUUUUUUUUUCUGUUAAAAACAGUACAUAAAACACUACCUAAUGUUGAAAAUAACAAGGAAUAGUCAAUUUUGUUCUCUCUUCACCAUUGGACAUAUAGAAUAUAUGUACUUGACAUGUGUAUCCUGACAUUGGUUUAGUCACAACUAAUGGUUAAAGUUAUUUUUAGCUGACAGUUUUAGUUUCAUCAAUAAAGAUUUACUUUACUGAUUAUAGUUUAUAUUAUAGAUAUACUUUAGGCUUCUGCAGUUUCACGUCAUUCCAAGGUGAGGCUUAAUUAAGAUGUUUUGUGAUGGACAGUGUGUUCUCUACUCCAGUACCACCUCACCUCAAACAACUGUUUCACAACAAAGCUGUUCAUUACAGUUUAAGAGUCAGCAGCGCUCAAGGCCCCGCAGUGUGUAAACCCUCUUGAAUUAAAUUAGUAUGCUGGUAUUUAUUGCUAUAACUAAGAAAAUGCUUUCUUACUGUUCUUACUUUCAUUUGAUCAUCUAAAGGCCAUUCCCAAGUAAUCAAAUUAAUUUCUGAAAAUUAUUCUUGAGAGCAAUAAAUCCUCUUUUGCAUAGCAGUAAGGAAGCAGAAGCAGAAAAAUUAUAAACAUUAAGUCAGCAUUGUAACAGGCCGAGUGCUGCUGGGCAAGAAGCAGGACUACAGACUCUCUCAAUGGAGACAAACGUUUAACCUGCUAUACAGACAGCGGCACGCACGUGUAAUGCAAACUGUGAACGUGAACACACAUUCGGUGAACAUGAACAUGGUCAAUGACCGACAAUCAUGCACACACUAACAAGGGUUUAAAUACAUACAAACAUGACAAGACUAAACUGAAGCAGGGGUGUGCUUAACAACAUAGGCGUGCUUACACACGAGACACAGUCCACGAAGAUCUCCCACUGCACGCGGAGGGUCAUACCACGUGACUAGUGGACAGGGAGCAGUCCUUGACAAUAAGAUUGUAAGGGUUGGCACUAGGCCGAGGCCCCCUCCGGCCACCAGGCCUCAAGUCAGGCACACUGCUAAUCAGGCUUGAUGCCCAACAGCUGGGCUAGAUCUAUAUAAGCCCAGUCACUCAGUGCUGGGUUUUUGCUAAAGUUUUGAGCCAAGCUCCUAGCCAGUAACUUUGGGUACUGAGGUCUUUGAGCCCCUGUGCUACACCUCUCUUCUGCUCUGUGAGGGUGUCUGUGUUUUUAUA